AUGAAGGGCAGCGUUCUCAAGCGAAAGGCGAUGAUGGGAGGAGUUAAGACGCGUACAGAUGCCCCCAAUCAUCUUCAUAAUAGCGCUCUCAUGGUCCAGAACAAGUUUACGACAGAGCUGCAACAAGCUGUGGACAAUCCUGGGCAGGCUGGUCAGAGUCUAUCGCAGUAUGAGAAUAUCCGACAAAUCGGACAAGGAUCGUCCGGCGAAGUCUACCUUGUGCGGAGGAAAAGUGACAACACAUUUUGGGUGUCAAAGCAAGUGAAGCUUUCGCAAGCGCAGGGCAAGAUGUCGAUGCCAAGCUCAGACCGAGCAGCUAUCAUGCACAGACGUGCAAGAGAAGCUGUUUUACAGGAGGUGAGAAUGAUGGAGGGGAUCAGUAGCCAACACAUCAUACGAUUUGAGGCUUCUUUUGUUGGGGUUGAUGAAAUUUUCAUUGUUAUGGAGUACGCAGAAAAUGGUUCGGUUGCUGAUAUGAUCAGCCAAGCACAUAAUCGACAUGAUUGUAUCAAUGAAUCUGAUGUCUGGAAAUGCUUCAUACAGGUGAUAGCAGGUUUACAAGUGUUACACUCAUUGAACAUCGUACAUCGAGACAUCAAACCUGCCAACAUUCUGGUUGACAAGAACAACAAUUUUAAGAUUGCAGAUCUUGGCAUCGCGCUUAGGAUCGGAAACACAGUUCAGGGAAGAAUCAGACAUGCAAAGGGAGGAACGAUUAUGUGCAUGGCGCCUGAAGUCAACAUCGUUUUGAUCAUCUUAAGUUUUUUAUUCUUUUUGCAGAUUUGUAUGGACAAACCUUUCGACUCACGUGUCGAUGUUUGGUCACUGGGAUGCACAAUCUAUGAAAUGGGGGCUCUUGAGCCAGCAUUUUAUGUCAACACAGGGCAGCUUGAGACUGUAAGGGAUCAAGUCAUUGAGAACUUUGUGACCAAGAUUCAGGACAUCAAGGCGGUGAAGGAGCUCCACCUUGAACGAUCUAUUUUCUCCCUCCCGUGGGGCCUUGGAAGUGCGCUCGAGACGCUGGUCACUUCAUGUCUGACGUACGAUCAGAACAAGCGGCCGUUUGCUCAUCAGAUCUUACUUGAACACAUCGUGAAGGAAAAAAUCACUGAGCUGGGCUUGACUCUGGAUACAGUGCAACGGCAACUGAACUGGAUGGACUCAGACACUCCAACUGAUGGCAGUGAUUUGUGCUGA